UUAAAGAAUUUGAUAUAGGUAUGAAAUUUAAACAAAAACUAUUUGUAAACAUAUGAUAACUUUAGAAGUGUUUUUAGUUAUCGUAGAUUUAAAGUGCGUGUAUACAGAAAAGGACACACUCUCAGAUGCAAAGUUUGACCCGGCAACACAGAUUUGCUGUCAAAAAUCAGGAGUCCAUGAAAGAUUUCAGCAAGGCAAGGAAAUGGACUGUUGUGGGGAAAAAGAAAGUAACGAAGAGGCUGAACGCAACAUAACACACAUUUGCUGCAGAAACUCAGGUGUUCACGAAAGAUACCAAGACAAUCAGGAAGUUGGCUGUUGUGGAGAAUAUAUCUGCAAAGUGGAAUCUGAGCCAUGUCCAGAUAAAAAUACACUAAAAAAGGAUGUCAAGAAGACAUAUAGAAAAAAUUCAGAAAUAUCCCAGUCACGAAAAGACACUACCAAAUUGCCCGGAAUGAGGGAUUCUUUGCUACUGCAUCAACAAUGGAGUAUGGAGGCUGAUCAACUUUCAAAUGAAAGAUUAGCCAAAGAAGUUAAAAAGAUCAAGAAAGCCAUCAGUCGCCUUAUGAAAGUAUUUCAAGGGGCAUUUUAAACAGAAAAAUCCAUUAGUGUUCACUAACCUGUCCAAAUGAAAGCAUCUAAGACUCAAUAGCCUGAUUUAUUACCUUUAUUUUUUUUCUUUUAUGAUAACAUUUGUAUUCAAGCAUUUUAUUUUUGCAUUUUAAUAUAUCAUGUAACGU